GCUACGCUAGUGCAGUCUCGCUAUUCGGGUUACUUUUUCUCCCGAACUGGUGCAUGGAUACAGUUGUCAGUUGAUCAAUGAAAGGCCUAGGCAACAAGAAUAUUAGUCUCAAAUGAUUAGUCGACAUAUAAAGCGUCUUGGUAUGGAUUUCUACUAACCGAUUUAAUCAGAGUACCCGAGCACGGCUCCACCAGUAAAGAUUUUAUCGGGAACCUUCUUCGCAGGUUUUUUUCGCGUAUGGCCUCGGAAGUCGGAGGGUGCUGUCAAAAUUAUGUAACACAGAUUCAAUAAAUUCCUCUCUACUUAACUUAGGUGAUACAAGUCGACCUGAAGACCGAGGGAUUGUGGAGUAUACAUUGACAUGCAGGUUACAAAUCCCUCUUCUUCAAGCAAGUCUCCCACAUCACUCGCAUACCCUACAGCAAUUUACUCAAUGGAAAACGGAACAGAGGAUAGCACCAAGUCUCUACUUUUUCAACCCCUUGUGAUUGGAUCAGGUAGAUUAAAGCUGGAGCAUCGCAUCAUUCAUGCUCCAUUAACAAGAAACAGAGGUGUUCCCCUGAAUCCAAUUAGCACGACAGACAACCCGAACCGAAUCUGGUACCCGGGAGACCUCAUGGUGGAGUACUAUAAACAACGAACGACCAAAGGAGGCUUACUGAUUUCAGAAGGGAUUCCACCGUCACUUGAAAGCAAUGGAAUGCCCGGGGUUCCGGGGCUUUUUACCAAGGAGCAAGCGAAUGGAUGGAGGAAAGUUGUCCAUGCAGUACACGAGAAAGGUGGUUACAUAUACUGUCAGCUAUGGCAUGCUGGGCGUGCAACCAUUCCUCAGAUGACCGGCUCUCCUCCAGUCUCGGCAUCUGCUAGUGUAUGGGACUCAACAGAGGAGUUUUAUUCACACAUCCCUUUUGGUGAAACACACCCUAUUCGCUACGCUGAGCAUCCUCCACUGGAACUUUCCGUUACCCAUAUUAAGAAAACGAUCAAUGAUUAUUGUGAAGCUGCAAAGUUAGCCAUGGAUGUAGGCUUCGAUGGCGUGGAAUUGCAUGCCGGAAAUGGGUAUUUACCUGAGCAAUUUCUCAGCUCUAAUAUCAAUAAGCGAACUGACGAAUACGGCGGCUCACCAGAGAAACGAUGCCGGUUUGUCCUCGAAUUGAUGGAUCAACUUGGGAAGACCAUUGGAGAUGACAAUUUAGCAAUUCGCCUCUCACCUUUUGGUUUGUUCAAUCAAGCCCGUAGUGAACAGCGAGUAGAAACUUGGGGCUAUCUCUGUAGAAUGCUUAAAGACGCUCAUCCAACUCUAUCGUACGUGAGCUUCAUUGAACCAAGAUACGAGCAGAUCUUCAGCGAUGAGGAAAAACAUAAAUUCCUCCUCAACUGGGGCCUAGCCGAUGUAGGGCUAGAUGAAUAUCGCCGGAUAUUCGACGGGAUCCCUUUCUUCUCCGCAGGUGGAUGGAACGACACAAAUUGCUGGAAUGGCAUUGCAUCCGGAAAAUACGACGGUUUGUUAUUUGGCCGAUAUUUUAUUAGCAAUCCAGACCUUGUGGCCCGGUUACAGACCGGAUGUCCUCUUGCAGAAUAUGAUCGCAGCCGAUUUUAUGGACCUUUUGAAGACAACAUCAUUGGCUAUACCGACUAUCCUCCAGCUGAGCAAAAUUGUGUUUGACUAGACAAUAUAGUUCUUCAUGAAGUUGACUUUGAAAUUGGUUUAGCCACCUCAAAUGUGAUAAGGAUGUCUACAUUGCACAUCUAAUUUGCGAAAGGCACUCAAGAGCGAAUAUACUUUUUGAUACCCUAGAUAAAUAGGCGAGAGGUAUUUGAUCAAUACUUUAGCCCGGGAAGCAUGAAGUUUCAAGCUCUUUGUUCUUUAAAUUCGAACUAUAAUUUAUUCAUGAAUAAAAUGAUCUGUGGAUAAACGCUGUAUCUUUGAACUUGAAUCUGACAGCGGUAAGCUAGAUGAUUUUGAAGGACAUCGCUAGAAAGACGAAGUAUGUUAGUAUGAU